AGACUCAUAACUCCACAUAACCAACCGCUUCGCAAUUUAAACUGCCUGUCUGUCUCUCUGUCUCUGUCUCUGUCUCUCUCUCUCUCUUUCUCGUCCCGCAUUUUUGCUUAUUUAUUUAUUUAUUUAUUUUUUUCUAUCUGAUCCAAAAAUUUCAAUCCCAAUUCUCCAAAUUUUAAUUGUAAUCCCAAUUCUGAAAUCAAAAUUCAACUUGAAUUGAUAUUUUACUUGGUUUGGAUUCCUUCUCUCUCCGCUUACUCUUUCCUUCUUGUUCUUCUAUUUCCUCUCCUUUUCCUCGCCCUUUCCUUUCUCCACCGAAUUUACCGCUAUCAGAAUUCUCUUUCUCUCUCUCAAAUUCCUCCUCCCUUCUAUUUAACGCCAUUUAUCUGUUUCCGUUUUUCCUCUUGUUUUCUUCAGGUUUCUCAUUUUCUCCUUCCGAACGAGUCAUGGAAAUCAUUUUCACCGAUAUGCAUCAUUUCUCCGAUCUAUUUCUCCCUCCAUUUUAAAUAACAGGGAAAGAAAGAAAGAUAAAACAUCUUAUUCUCCUAUGCAUAAUCUUUGUUGUAUAUCAACCGUAUCCGAUCAUUCCUCCACAAAUAACUUUCCAAUGGCAAUCACUUCUAGAUCCGACCCGAAUACCCGAUCUCUUAACCAAAGCCACACUUCUCAUUUCAACGGCAUCGAUUGCAAUAAUAAUAACAACAGCAGCAGCAAUACCACCAAUCUCCUCCUUCUUACGAACAGCAAUAACCGCCACCAGCGAAGCUUAACGGCGUCGCUUUCAGCGUUAACUGCGAAUGCGGUGUCGCUUCCGCGUGAACAACAGGUGGACGUUAGAAUAAAUGAUAUAGUAGGUAACGGAAUAUCAGGAAUUCUUUACAAGUGGGUGAAUUACGGUAAAGGAUGGCGACCUAGAUGGUUCGUUUUGCAAGAUGGCGUGUUGUCGUAUUAUAAAAUUCACGGUCCUGAUAAAAUCAUCGUUAAUCGAGAAACCGAGAAAGGAUCCAAAGUUAUCGGUGAAGAAUCCAUGCGCAGACUUUCUAGACCUAAUAAUAACAACGGUCAUUAUCAUCAGCCUAAGCGCAACCCCGUUGGUGAAAUCCAUCUCAAGGUGUCAUCGAUCCGCGAGAGUAGAUCAGAUGAUAAGAGAUUUUCGAUAUUCACCGGCACGAAACGGCUUCAUUUACGAGCGGAAACCCGUGAGGAUCGAUUAGCAUGGAUGGAGGCAUUACAGGCUGUAAAGGAUAUGUUUCCACGCAUGUCAAACAGCGAAUUAAUGGCUCCGAUAGAAAACGUUGUCGUUUCGACCGAGAAACUGAGGCAGCGUCUUCUAGAAGAAGGCGUUAGCGAAGCGGCUAUUGAGGAUAGCGAACAGAUCAUGAGGAAUGAGUUUUCUUCAUUGCAGAAUCAGAUUGUGCUGCUUAAACAAAAGCAGUGGCUUCUCAUCGACACAUUGCGACAGUUAGAGACAGAAAAGGUUGACCUGGAAAAUACAGUAGUUGAUGAAAGUCAAAGACAGUUCAAUGAUCAAGGCUCUUCUUCUAUCUUAAGACAAGACAAGUCUAGUGAAGCAAGUGCUACUGAAUCUGAUGAUGAUAAUGAAAGAGUUGAUGCUGCAGAGGAAGAAACUGAUGAUGAAGAGAAUACAUUCUUUGAUACUCGUGACUUUCUAUCAUCAGGUUCCUUCAAAAGUAGUGGAUCUGAUUUUCGGACAUCGUCUUUCUCUUCUGAUGACGAAGGGUUUUUUCCGCUUGAAUCAGAAGAUGAUAUUGAUCCUUCUAUUAAAACUGUUGGGAAAAAUUAUCCUCAUGUGAAGCGGCGGAAGAAAUUACCUGACCCAGUUGAAAAAGAAAAAGGUGUCAGCCUUUGGUCAAUGAUUAAGGAUAACAUUGGGAAGGACCUCACUAAAGUUUGUCUUCCAGUUUAUUUUAAUGAACCUCUCUCUUCUCUGCAAAAGUGUUUUGAAGAUUUGGAAUACUCAUACCUGCUCGACCGAGCGUAUUCUUGGGGAAGAAGGGGUAAUAGCCUUAUGAGGAUUCUUAAUGUGGCUGCUUUUGCUGUAUCUGGAUAUGCUUCAACUGAGGGAAGGAUUUGCAAGCCAUUUAAUCCCUUAUUAGGGGAAACAUAUGAAGCAGACUAUCCAGAUAAAGGCCUUCGGUUUUUCUCUGAGAAGGUCAGUCACCACCCAAUGGUUGUUGCUUGUCACUGUGAGGGUACCGGAUGGAAAUUUUGGGGAGAUAGCAAUUUAAAAAGCAAAUUUUGGGGUCGCUCAAUUCAACUUGAUCCUGUUGGUGUUUUGACUUUGGAAUUCGAUGAUGGAGAAGUUUUUCAAUGGAGCAAGGUAACAACAUCAAUAUACAAUCUCAUAUUGGGAAAACUAUACUGUGAUCACUAUGGUACAAUGCGAAUAGAGGGAAAUCGCGAGUACUCGUGCAAACUAAAAUUUAAGGAACAAUCCAUCAUAGAUCGAAAUCCUCACCAGGUUCAAGGAAUUGUUCAAGAUAGGUAUGGUAAAAGAGUGGCCACUGUUUUUGGAAAAUGGGAUGAAAGUAUUCAUUAUGUCAACGGUGAUUGUUCUGGGAAGGGAAAAGGAUUUGAGUCUGAAAACGAUGCCCAAUUACUCUGGAAAAGAAGCAGGCCGCCUCAGUUUCCAACGAGAUAUAACUUGACACGCUUUGCUAUAACAUUGAAUGAGCUCACUCCAGGACUAAAGGAAAAGUUGCCACCUACAGAUUCAAGGCUUAGACCUGAUCAAAGAUACUUGGAAAAUGGUGAGUUUGAGAUGGCAAAUUCAGAGAAAUUGCGACUUGAACAGCGUCAACGCCAGGCCCGAAAGAUGCAAGAGAGGGGCUGGAAACCGCGCUGGUUUGCAAAGGAUAAAGGAAGUGAUGGCUACCGUUAUAUUGGUGGAUACUGGGAGGCCAGAGAACAGGGAAUUUGGGACUCGUGCCCUGAUAUAUUUGGUCAAGUUCCUGCAGAACAGCUAACUGAUUAAAGUUCGAUUUCCAUCUAUUCUUUUUGAGAAAUUUUUUGGGGAUAGGUAGUGGACAACUGCUGGACUCGGUUCACCUAAGAAUUUUUCCAGCCGUUGGUGUGUGCAGUUGAGAGUUGCCCCUAUGAAAUCCAUGUAAGUAAAAUUAAGAAGCAUAGUAAAAGAUAUUCUUUUUCUUU